CUGAGGACAAGCCGCACUGUCAGGUUGAUAGACGCUGGAGGUGAAUAAAGGUUACACUAACGGUCCGAUGCGACUAUUAAUCAACGGAGCUGUUUGCACGACUUAGCAACGGAUAAAAGACCCACAAUGCAUGUGAGGCAUGACCAGCAAGACCCCGCGGAAUAACGCAAGCAGCAGCUGCAGCAUGGAGCCUACAGCCGGCUGCUCCCCCAAAGUUUCAGAGCCAGACCUCUACCGCAGUGUCAUGGCUGUGUUGCCCAGGGAAACGGACCCCCAGCAUCCCCAAGUCUGUCUCAACAAAGGCAUGCUGAGGUGGACGCUUCAUAAGAAGGUGCAAAGCAAUCCUGUGAACGGCUCAUCUCUGGUGUGGGUGCUGAUAAAAGAGCUGGAAAAGGCUGAGAGAUGGGACUCUCGCAAAAGCAUCAUUCCUCUGCUCCACACGCUGAUGUAUGCCAUCAUUCAGACGGCCUACAUUCCAGAUGAGCUGUACAAGCGGGUUUACAGCUUUUGCAAGAGACUGCUGACCUACCCCCAACCGUACUGCACUGUGGGCCUCAGCUACACGAGGCAGAUCAAAACUGAACGCUCCACACCAGGUCUGAUGUACCAGAGGAUGGUCACAGCCGAGCAGAGACUAAAAAAUGAACACUACCCCCUUCAGGAGAGGGUCUUCAUCCUGGCCGAUCCAGAGGUCUUCUCUCGCUCUUUGGAACAAGUUGUGCGUGGCGACAUUGAGACGUCCUCCUUCUUUGCCGGCGGAUCUCCGAGUCCCAUCCAGCACAUGUGCAGCGUGGUCCAACACUCCAUACAGGCCGCUCUGGGAGCGGAGCAGUGCCACGGGCCCAAACUGGCUCGAGCUCUGAAGGACAUGGGUCAAGAUGUGGAGUCGCACUUCCACGAAGUGUUGGCGGCUCUGGAGCAGAGCGCGGAGGAGGCCGGCAGGGGGGCGGCGGGGGCGCUGAGGAGCCGUCUCCAGCGGCUGUACAGCAGGAUCGUCUCCGAGGCAGACUCAGAGACUUUGUCCAGUGGAGAACUGUGCAACAGCCCUCUUCCCAACCCAGAGAUGAGCUUCUACGUGUGGACGGAGGAUCUGGAUAUCUGGCGGGUGCUGGCCAAGUGGUUUCGAUCCGGUUCCCUCUCGGAGCAGUUUCCCGUCAGCCAGGAGCAGGAGGACUUUGAUCUGGGCGAUUCGCCCGGCGACCUGAUGCCGCCCGACCUGACGCCGUCCGACAAGAAGCGCUCCUCCGUCCUGUCCGACGACAGCGGCAUCGGAAAAGACCUGCCCCCCGGCGCCGAUCCCUCCCCGUCGUCAUCUCAGGACUGUGCCGGCCUGAGUGCAGCAUGGGAACAAUGCAAGAUUGAGCCGGAUUCGGUGAGGCUGUCCCGGCGUAACGGCUUAAAGAUGAAGCCGUCGGUGAAGGACAGCAUGGCGCUGAUGCAGGACACCCUGCAGGAGAACGCAAGCUUCAGAGCCGGGGGAGGGGGCGGCGGAGGGGGGACACAACGGCGGGGGGCGACUCUACAGAGGCGCGCGGGGAGCUGCGCCACGCAGAACCCCUUCCUCAAGCCGCAGAGGCACUUUACUGCCAGGAUAGUCGCCAUGGGAGACGACAUGGUGCUGGGUCGCCUGGCCAAGGCCUACUACUCCUUCAGCUCGGGGGAGAUCUGCGGGGCAAUGAUCUCCUUAAAUUACAGAAAGGUGACGCUGAGUGGGCGAGACGUUGACAAAGGAAUAUCAGUGAGGACGUCAGGUGCUCAGAUCACUGCUAUUCCCUGCAACGAGGCAGAAGAUCUGAACUGUUUGACAAUGACACUGAAUGAAUCUCCUACAAGAAACCAAAACAACAAUGUGGGGUCCACCUUUCGGUCAAGCAACUUAAAGAUUCGCACUUUGGAGGGUCGGCCUUUAACUGUUACACUGGACAGAGACCGCCGGAGAAUUUACACAGACGUGCAGAGCCUGGAGAUCUCCCCGUGUCUCGAUCCCGGCUACUGCGUCCAGAAAACCAUCCGCUUCAAGUCGGGGGUGGGAAAGGAGGCGGGACUGAGCAAAUACAUGAACAAAGGGCUCCCUCUGCCCAUCAACACAUUUGCCGGCAUCAUCACUUGACGCCGUGGACGGAACGCGCAGAGAAACUUGAAGAAUUGACG